UUUCCUCAUCAGGGUAUCUGCCGCCUCAUCAUGGCUCUCAACAUUCCCGGUGUGGCCGUGAUGGUUCUUUUCUACCUGCUGGUCCUCGGGAUUGGAAUCUGGGCUUCCGUCAAGUCCAAGAAGGAGGCAAAGAAAGGCCGAGGGGACAAGACGGAGAUGGCUCUGCUGGGCAACCGGGGCAUCAACCUGGCGGUCGGCAUCUUCACCAUGACAGCUACGUGGGUUGGAGGCGGAUUCAUUGUGGGCACAGCUGAAGCUGUCUACAACCCAUCCAUGGGUCUGACCUGGGCCGUGAUGCCGAUAACAGCAACACUGUGUUUCAUAAUAGGUGGGUUCUUCUUUGCUGAGCCGAUGCGGAACAGUAAAUACAUAACUAUGAUGGACCCCUUCCAGAUCAAAUACGGGAAAGUUCCCACAGCGGCUCUGUCGCUGGCAUGCCUUGUAUCGGAGAUCAUGUGGGUUACAGGAACGCUCAUUGGAUUAGGAGUGACCAUGAGUGUUAUCCUGGAUUUGUCCUACACUGUGAGCAUCUGGAUAUCUGCUGCUGUAGCCAUCACCUACACACUGCUGGGUGGCCUCUAUUCUGUGGCUUACACAGACAUCAUUCAGCUCGUACUCAUUUUCAUCAGCUUGAACCCCCUGGCAGAUGAAGAAAAAUCCACGCCGGGCUACAAGCCACGCCGGGCUACAAGCCAAGCCACGCCGGGCUACAAGCCACGCCGGGCUACAAGCCACGCCGGGCUACAAGCCACGCCGGGCUACAAGCCACGCCGGGCUACAAGCCACAUGGUUCAAAGUUGGCUGUGUGUUCCCUUCGCCCUGAUGAGUCCGGCUGUCUCAGACAUCACCAAGACAGCCUUCAACCAAACCCUCCAGUCUCCCUGGGUGGGUUCCCUGGAGCCAGACCGAGCCUGGAGGUGGAUUGAUAACUUUCUGCUUCUGGGUUUGGGCAACCUAGGUCUGCAGAAUUUUCACCAGAGGACGCUUUCUGCAUCGUCCUCGUCUACAGCCAAGAUCACCUGUUUUGCUGCUGCAUUCAUUGUUCCCACACUGGGAAUACCGCCUAUUCUCCUGGGAGCAGCUGCUGCGUCAACAAAUUGGAACCUGACUUCUUAUGGAUCCCCAACUCCUCAUGAACGUGGGGAGACGGGGCUCGUCCUGCCCCUCGUCCUACAGCACCUCACCCCCUCCUACAUCUCCAUCAUCGGUAUCGGGGCGGUGGCAGCUGCCGUGAUGUCAUCCACUGACUCAGCUUUACUUUCUGCAGCCUCCAUCUUCACCUCCAAUAUUUAUAAGAGCAUCUUGAGGACGCAGGCGUCCGACCAGGAGAUCCAGUGGGUGAUCCGCUGCUCUGUAAUAGUUAUGGGCCUUGCUGGCACGUCGCUCACCUUCCUGGACAACAGCGUCCUGAUGAUCUGGCUGCUUCGCUCCGACCUCACUUACACCCUCAUGCUACCUCAGCUCAUCUGUGUGCUCUUCUUCAGCGUCUCCAACGGUUACGGGGCCGUUCUGGGUUGUGUCGUCGGGGUCCUCCUGCGGCUGCUCUGUGGGGAGCCGGUACUCGGCAUACCGGCCAUCAUCAAAUUCCCAGGAUACACUCUGGAAAACGGAGUGUACAUCCAGCGCUCACCAAUCAGAACAAUCUGUAUGCUGUCUGCCGUGAUCUCCAUCUUGUUGUUCUCCUACCUGGCUUCUGUGCUCUUCAAGCACUGCCUGAUUCCCGAGAAGUGGGACGUUUUCAAUGUAAAGUCUCAAUAUUCAAUACAAGUCAGCCAUAAGGCCAUUGCUACGGACCACAACCUGAAUGAUCCAAGUGAGGACAGUGAAGUGUGUGAGCUGAAGUUUGAAACAAAACUUUAGUGAUGAAUGACGUGAUGCAAUAUGCAGUUUGUUAAUUUUUAAAAUAAUGAUUUCAUAAUGAUUUUAGUUAUUGUGACAUAGCCAAUAUUUGUAGAACUUUGCAUCGUUUGUUUGCAGUCAUGGGAAAAACAAUAACACAUAUGUUUUUUGUUAUACAAGCCCAGCAUUUCUGCAGUUUAUGCAGCAGUGAAAUGUUAAAACACACCUACAAGACAGCUGGUCCAAAUACAUCACAGGCCUAACCAGAACCAGACAUUUACUGGCUUUAAAAUCAUCCUCAUGGAUUAUUCAGUUGUAGCUGCUAGUAGUGAACUCUUCAAACUGCUAAAAUUAGUAUUUUUCUGACCUAGUUUCUUCAGAUGGGCAAAUGUGGACAGGUAGGUUGUGUCUUACACUGGGACCUGACAUUCUGUUUUUUGAUGGGUUUUCUGAAACAAUAAUAACAAAAAAAACAUUUAAAUUGACACGAGACUCACAUUAAAACUACAAAAGAGCAAAUUAGAGUAACAAACAACUUGGUUAAGCUCAAUGAUUUUUAGAUUAAUUCUGCAUCGACAAAGAAUGUUUAAAAUAAAAGACAAAUUUAGCUUUCCAUGUCACAAAACUUCAAUGACAAUUAAAAUGUCGUACUCUGAAACAUAACUAGUAAAUAUUUGCCUUUCUGUAUGUAUUAUACAAACAGUUCCGUGGAAAACAACUGGCGCUAGCUUAAUUACAGAGAAGGUAACAUGUAAACGCCUCAACUCAGCAUUUAGGUUGAAAUAAAUAACCCACCUGUUUUUAUGGUUAAAAAAUGUUUACGUUAUCUCAGAAUUUUUGUCAGGUAGACGUUGAAAAUAAAAAUGUCAGAUUUUCCACAAAUCUUAAACAUUUUCUUCAAUAACUGCAGAAAACAACGUGAACAACAGUUCAAACAACAAAUAACUCGACUUUCUAGGUAUUAAUAGCUAGAAUAAGCUAUUAUUUCUAGCUAAUUAUAGUAAUAAGCCAGAAAUAAUAAUUACCAAAUCGUGAGGCAAAAAACCAUGAACUAUUAGCUAUCCUUGGUAAAACUUGUUUUAAAUGUUGGUAGUGCAGAAAUCAACGAUGACUUCCUUUUGGUGACAUAAGCCAAUUGAUACCAAAGUAAAACUGAUGUUUCAAAUUAGAAUUUUGUCCUGGAAAUUUGAUUAGUGUGUGUCAGAAAUGUACAGCUCUAUUGCUGUAAAAGCCCUGCUGAGGUAAAUUAGCGAUAGCGAUCUAUGUUUUGACAUCCGACGUAAACUGUAAUGGAAAAUACAGGAACGGUAGAACACGAGCGCCAUAUUCAUUUGCCACAAUCCACUUUUGUAAAACUGAUAUUGCCCUGUGUUGAAUUAUUUUUAUGGCUUUUUCAAUUCUUCCAAAGUUUGCAAAACAAAUUUUUUGUCUACAAAUGUUUUUGUGCCUUUUUUAAAUUUAUGUUUGCUUUCAAAAUUUCAUCCACCCUGUGCCAGUUUUUUUUUACUGCAGGGAGGAUGUUUCGUAUCCACUUGAAUAACUAAUAAUAUAAAGUAAUUUCUUCAUUGAGCUUCAUCAAAUGUGACUUGGAUCAUUCUCAUCAGGAGGAGGUGACUCAUUUCCUCAAACUCAUAACAUUUUAUAUUACUUAAGAAUAAAUGGACCUAAAUGGAGCUUGGAGCCAUUAUGAUUGGAAAUGGGGAUACAAUUUUCAGAAAAAAAAAAUUAAAAAACUGAAUUGUGAGACUUGAAAAUUUGACUACCAAGAAGCCGGCCCUCAAUGGCAGGUACAUGGGUAGCUGAUAUUUUGAGGUGGACAACUUGUCUAGCAUAGGGCUAUCCCUCGCCUCUCACCCUAACACAAUACCACUUCCUCCUGCUACCCUGAAUGUGAACAAUAAAAAAGAAAUGAGGAGAUUUUAGUGGUUUAGUAUUAGUGGUUUUUCACCACUAACAAACUAAGCCAUGGUGCCUAAAGCAUUUGCUACACUACUAUUCACACAUAAUAGUUGAGAAUAUAUUUAAUGGAUAACAACAGAAGCUAUAACAUCAUUCUUUGUCACAAUUAAUAUUAAAAUAAGUUACCAACACCAGAUUGUACUUAGCUUUUCUGUAGCACAACUGUUCAGAAUCCAAAAUGGAAAUAGCCAUCUCACAAACUUCAGAAAACUGGUGCUUUGUCUUCUUCCUCCUCUUCACAGUUGGCAAAAAUAUUUACUGGCAAGUUAUUGACACUUGAAGAGUCAAAAGGUUCACUGCGUGACAUAGUCAAUUCAGUUUUGAUUCCAAAGUAAAAAUGAUGUUUCAAAUUAGAAUUUUGUCCUGGAAAUUUGCUUAGUGUGUGUCAGAAAUGUACAGCUCCAUGUAAAAGUCAUAUUACUCUUGACUUUUAACUCCAAUGUCAGAACCAAUUUGCUCUCCAUAUAGUUACAAAUGCUAUAUUUAGAUUAAAUUAGGUUAACAAUGAAAUAUGAACACCACAUUUUAUACUGUGUGCCAUUUGAUUGGCAAACUAAAGCAGAUCUUAUCGAUAAACAUGAGUGGAAAAUAAGUGAAUGCAGUGACCAAUAAUAAAAGAACCUAGAAAACAAGAUGUCAUGUGAUAUUUAUUGGUAAUACAUAGGUUUUAAUUUGUAUGCAUGUACUGUAAAUGAAGAGUCUGCUAUAAUGACCAUAUAAAUACCCCAUUUUUCCAUUCAGGCCAACUCAUUUGUACCUGGAUGGAGUAAGUCCAUCCAGGUACUAACAGAGUGCGGUGGUUUGAAACCAGAGUUUUGCGGUGGUCUUUAGCUUCGUACCAACAUGAAGGAUCAUGAUAAACCAGGACGCUCAAACUCUGGUGUGUUUGAACCUUUGUCCAGGACAAAUAAAGAAGUGUCUCUGGUCUGUUAACUGAAGUCAAUGCAGAUGUGACACUUGAAGGACUUUGUUUUCCGAACUUGAAGCCAUUUUUUUCAGUGAGCUCGCUGUUCAUUUAAUUUCCCAUCUGUGUCUAAGACGUUCUGUCAGACUGUAUGACCUAAAUGACCCAAAACUGAACACAAAGUGGCCCCAGGUCAUUUGCCAUCAAAAGCCUGAAAACAUGUAACGUAUUUGUUACGUCCAAGUUGAAUGUGAAAUUGCUAUGGAUAUUUUUGUGUUUAAACAUAUAUUUUUGUUCAGGGCUGUGCAGAGACCUUUGGAGGGGCCGUUGCUCAAAGUUCAAAAAGGGCACAUUGAACAAGAUCUUAAAACACCGUACAACAACAUAGCAACAACCCAUAGUAAUCAAGAAUUGAAUUGGACCUUCUAUAUCAUUGCCAUCAUGUGAGGACAAUGUAUUUUUCCCAUCAGGUAUAAAGUUGCUGUUUCUGCUGCUGACAGUCCUUGAGAACUGAGUGAUCUGAGACUGUAGCUGUUAAACAGACCAGAGGAGAGAAGGUCACUGGUAAAGAAGUUAUGAGAUAAGCAAAUUUGCUGCCAUUUUAUUAAUUACUAUCUAUUUAACCUCUACAACAACUUGGCUGCAGGCUGCUUUUAUAGAUCAAAAAAGCUCAAACUAUAUAUAAUUUUUUGAUGUUAGCAAAUCUGAGAUCUAGAACCUUAAGACUGGCAAAGAAAACUCAGUAGCUACUGGAAGGGCCCUCAAGACAUUCAGGGGCCCCUGAAAAUGGUUUUAUUGCAAGACAGACCAUAAAUCUAAAUCUGUAGCAUUCUUUUAUAGAGCAUGACAAUGUUAUUACAUUUUAUUAAUGCAUUCAGCUGAGAAAAACAUGGUACAUUUAGGAUUUUAUUAGGAAGUUUAACUUUGUGAAAGUUUAAAAAAUCAUCUUGAUAGUUGUGUUACCAUGGCUACGAUAUUGUGUAAUCUUUGUGAUUGAGUUGAGUUUGUUAACUAAUACAUCACAGCAAAUAACCAAUAAUCAUUGACCGUAAACUCGGCCAAGAAACCUGGUCUCCCUCUCAUAGUCUUCACCUGAGUGGCGUAUCUAGGCCCUGUUUUAGGGGCGCUUUAGCACCAUAAAAUAGAUCCCGUGUAUCUCAGCACCCUGAAUAGGAUUGAUUGCCACCCAUCCCGUAAAAUACGGAGUCGUCACAUAUUUGGCAGUUAAAUAUGCGUCCGAUAUUGAACCGAUACAUGACUGUCCGAUAGAGAUUCCUAUAAUAUUGUUAAACACUAAGUUUAACAAUAAUGGCAAAAAUAAAACACAGGAAGACGGACACUACGCAGCUGCCGUAAGCUGCUACCAACCCGCGUCUUUUUAAAUCGUCCUCUACCUGAUUCCAUGAAGAAAAAAGCUUUAAAAAAUACAGACGUGAGAGAAAAGACGCGCAUUAUCAGCUGAACAAUUUUUGUGAGGAUAGAUACUGUGCACAUCGAUCGACAAAGAACAAUGCAUCCGUUUGCUUCUGUGUAAUAGACAGAAUGGAUAAGGGAAGGAACUGCAGACCCGUCAGAACCUAAAGAACCAGAAAUCAGCUUCUCUUCAUCCUCACUCAUCUCCUGAGGCUGAUAAGGUACAGAACAUUUUACUAUGAUGGAUUCAGUUUCUUAUUGUGGUUUUAGUUUGAUUAUUAUUAUUGCUUAGGAUGUUGAGUUUGGAUAUUUAAUAAUUCAUAGCAUUAGCCAAAAUAAGUGGCCAGUUAAAGAACAAAUCACCCUAAUAGAUUAACAUUAAAUACAUAAAUAUUUUCUACAUUACUUUCUGUGUGUUUUAUUCACAAAUGUUGAUAUAUUUUAUGAAUAGUUGUUCAAUGGUCAUUUAAUGUAUUACUUCAUUAAUAUUUUAUUAAUGUUGUUUACCUGUUUGGAUAACCUGACUUCCUAUCAAUGAAGAAAAAAAACAUGAAGCAAAACUGCACCAGACCCAGACCUGCAGGCCAGGGGCGGUUCUAGAUGGGGUGUGGCUGCUAUCAGCAGCAGUCUAUACAGUUUGAGUUCAUUUUAUCAUUUUAAGUUGGUGUAGAUAAGUUAAAGUGUGGUAAAAUAUUUAUACUCAUUAUAAGUUAUGGAAAUAUUUGUGGAGUACAACCAUUGUUUAAUGGUUGUUUCGUUUAGGCACAUAUUUUUAGUUACACACGGCACUCGGUAGAGGGCAGCAUGUUUUGUUUUGUUUUUGUCUUAGA